AUGACCGACGCUCUGCUGCCCGCGGCCCCCCAGCCGCUGGAGAAGGAGGGCGACGGCUACUUUCGGAAGGGUUGCAAUCCCCUCGCACAGACUGGCCGGAGCAAACUGCAGAAUCAGAGGGCUGCCUUGAACCAGCAGAUCCUGAAAGCCGUGCGGAUGAGAACGGGAGCGGAGAACCUUCUGAAAGCAGCCACAAACCAAAAGGUACGGGAGCAGGUGCGUCUGGAACUGAGCUUCUUGAACUCAGACCUACAAAUGCUGAAGGAAGAGCUGGAGGGGCUCAACAUCUCGGUGGGAGUCUAUCAGAGCACAGAGGAGGCAUUUACGAUUCCCCUGAUUCCACUUGGCCUGAAGGAAACCAAGGACGUUGACUUUUCAGUGGUUCUCAAGGAUUUUAUUCUGGAACAUUACAGUGAAGAUAGCUACCUCUAUGAAGAUGAAAUAGCAGAUCUUAUGGAUCUGAGACAAGCCUGUCGCACGCCCAGCCGAGAUGAGGCUGGGGUCGAGCUGCUGAUGAGUUACUUCAUCCAGCUGGGGUUUGUUGAGAGCCGAUUCUUCCCACCCACCCGACAGAUGGGGAUCCUGUUUACCUGGUAUGACUCCCUCACGGGGGUUCCGGUUAGCCAACAGAACUUGCUGCUGGAGAAGGCCAGCAUUCUGUUUAACAUUGGAGCCGUCUACACACAGAUCGGGACCCGGUGCAAUCGACAGACAGAAGCUGGGCUGCAGAGCGCAGUGGAUGCCUUUCAGAGAGCCGCAGGGGUUUUAAACUACCUGAAAGAGACGUUUACUCACACUCCAAGUUACGACAUGAGUCCCGCUAUGCUCAGUGUGCUGGUCAAAAUGAUGCUCGCGCAAGCCCAAGAAAGCAUGUUUGAGAAAAUGUGCCUUUCUGGGAUCCAGAACGAGUUCUUCAUACUGGUGAAGGUGGCUCAGGAGGCUGCCAAGGUGGGAGAGGUCUAUCGGCAGCUGCACACGGCCAUGAACCAGGAGCCAGUGAAGGAGAACAUCCCAUACUCCUGGGCCAGCUUGGCCUGCGUGAAGGCGCACCACUAUGAAGCCCUGGCCCACUACUUCACAGCCACCCUCCUCAUCGACCACCAGUUGAAGCCUGGCACAGAUGAGGACCACCAGGAGAAGUGCCUGUCCCAGCUCUACGACCACAUGCCAGAGGGGAUGACGCCCUUGGCCACCCUGAAAAACGUUCACCAGCGCCGGCAGCUGGGCAAGUCCCAUCUGUGCCGAGCUGUCACCCAUCACGAGGAGUCCGUGAGGGAGGCCAGCCUGUGCAAGAAACUCCGGAACAUCGAGGUGCUGCAGGAGGUGCUGUCUGCGGCACACCAGCGAUCCCGGCUCAAGUACACCCAGCUCCGUGAGGACUAUGACCUGCUGAGCUUGACUGAGGUUCCCGACAUCAUCUCUAAAACUGAGCGAGAGGUUGAAAUUAUACCGCCACAGUUCUCCAAGGUGACAGUAACGGACUUCUUCCAGAAGCUGGGCCCUUUAUCUGUGUUUUCGGCUAAUAAGAGAUGGACGCCUCCUCGAAGCAUUCACUUCACUGCAGAAGAAGGAGACUUGGGGUUCACCCUGAGAGGAAACUCCCCAGUUCAAGUCCACUUCCUGGAUCCAUACUGCUCUGCUACGGUAGCAGGAGCCAAGGAAGGGGAUUAUAUUGUUUCCAUUCAAGACGUGGAUUGUAAGUGGCUGACCGUGAGUGAGGUUAUGAAGCUGCUGAAGAGCUUUGGUCAGAACGACAUUGAGAUGAAGGUCGUGAGCCUCCUGGAUGCCACGUCGUCCAUGCAUAGCAAAUGUGCCACAUACUCUGUGGGAAUGCAGAAAACUUACUCCAUGAUCUGCUUAGCCAUAGAUGAUGAUGAUAAAACUGAUAAAACCAAGAAAAUCUCGAAAAAGCUGUCCUUUUUGAGUUGGAGCACCAACAAGAACAGACAGAAGUCGGCAAGCACCUUGUGCCUCCCAUCAGUUGGGGUCAGGGUUGCGGGGCCUCCGGUCAAGAAGAAGCUCCCCUCUCCGUUCAGCCUUCUCACCUCCGACAGUUCUUUGUACUAACGUGAGGAAACAAAAGCGUUUCCCAUGCUGACUGGGCCUUCGUA